CUGGUUCAGGCCCGUUGCUUCCCUCCGGUUUUCUACAACCGAAGACGGGGAAAAAUGGCGGAUGAUCGUGAAGGAGCCUGCCAUUGCGACAGCCAACAAGAUCGUCUCCCUCCAGACGGAACCCUAGCCCGAGAUUCCUGCUACUCGGAAAUUCCACCUCCUCGCUCAGCCACCGACACCGGCAGUGACAGCGGCCUCUGUGCCUGCGGACGACCGUUGGCCUGGAUGGCCCCUCCCCCGCCCCAGAACCAGUACAGGCCGAUUCGAGCUCCGGCCAUUCCCUCCACCCCGAAUAGUGCUCAAUCCAUCAUACUCGCCCCUGUCCCCCAGGCGCAGAAGGUUCCUGCCCUUUCCGCUCCGUUCCAGUUCCGGCCGCCCGCCAAACGAAUCCAGUCUCCGGACGACAUCCGCCGCUUCCACGACUCCGAUUCCGGUAAGAACUUCCUCGGCUUCGUCGUUGCCUUGAGCGAGUCCAUGCGCGGGCACAAGAUCUCCGACCCCUGCCGCGACUCGCCCGUUGUCAGGGUGAUAGUCGAGAUUCUUGACUCCAUGAUCGGGUGGGUCGAUGAGUUCCCUCCGGUGCAGCAGCCAUCACGGUACGGGAACCUCGCGUACAGAGACUGGCAUCAACGACUUUGCGAUAGCGAGGGUUUGAUGCUGCGGAUCCUCCCCGAGGAUCUCCAGUCGGCUGUGGUGGAGAUCUUCCCCUAUUUCACUGAUAGUUUCGGGAACUCGACGAGGAUCGAUUACGGGACUGGCCACGAGACGAACUUUGCGGCGUGGCUCUACUGCCUGGCGAGGCUGGGCGUCCUCACGGAGGAGGAUUAUCAGGCCCUCGUCUCUAGGGUUUUCGUGAAGUACAUCGAAUUGAUGAGGAAGCUGCAGACGGUUUACUGGCUAGAGCCUGCGGGUUCCCACGGGGUUUGGGGUCUCGACGACUACCAUUUCCUUCCAUUCAUAUUCGGUUCGUCGCAGUUAAUCGAUCACAAGUACAUGAAACCGAAGUCUAUCCACAAUCAGGAUAUCUUGGAUAAUUUCUCCCAUGAGUACAUGUACCUUGCUUGCGUCGCGUUCGUGAAGAAGGUGAAGAAAGGGGUACUGGCAGAGCAUUCGCCAAUGCUGGACGAUAUUAGUGGAGUGCCGACCUGGAAUAAGGUGAAUAGUGGGAUGCUCAAGAUGUAUAAGGCGGAGGUUCUGGAGAAGGUGCCGAUCAUGCAGCAUUUUCUCUUCGGAUGGAUCAUUAAAUGGGACGAAUGAACCUGUCUUGUCAUUUUAUCUCAAUGGCAAUCUUGGGCGGUGCAUCAUCCUCCGUUGAGAACUGCGUUAGUUUAUCAAAGAAUAACAUUUUCCUUGCUUUCCACCGUUGGUCUGUCGUCUUGCUUUUUGGUAUCACCUUCCUUCUUUUCUUGAGAUUUUUGUAUAGACUAUAGAUAGUGGUGCCUUCAAAAGGUGAUGCUGCCUUGCUUUAAAUUAGAAUCUUUAGCCAUUGAAGAGCGUUCCAUGAAGCUGUGAAAAAAAAUGGCGGUUCUGUGUGCCCCUAACUUUCAAGCUUUUAUUGGUUUUGUCCUUUAUUUGAUGAUUUGAAUUCUAUUC